AUGAAGAAAGGCGGUCUCCUCGAGAUUGACACCACGCGCGAGAUCACGGGCGCGGAGCACGAUCUUGGUUUCUGGGCUGCGGUGAAGCAAUACCCGACCGCCGUUUUCUGGGCCAUGUUCUUCUGUAUCGCUGUCAUUAUGGCGGGAUUCGAUGCACAGCUCGUAACGUCUUUCUACGCACUUCCGGCAUUCCAGCAGCGUUUCGGAAAUCUGUAUGAAGGAAACUGGGAGAUUUCUGCGCCAUGGCAGACGGGUCUUGGGAUGGGAAAUCCGAUCGGACAAGUUCUAGGAGCUCUUGCUUGUGGAUGGCCGCUUGAGAAGCUUGGACGAAAGCUCACGUUGGCUAUCUGUUGCGUGUGGUCGAUUUGCUUCGUUUUCGUACAGUUUUUCUCCACCUCGAUUGGGAUGUUGUGUGCUGGAGAAAUUUUGGGUGGUCUGGCGUAUGGUUUUUAUGUUGUUAUUGCACCGACGUAUGCCUCUGAGAUUUGUCCUUUGGCGCUUCGAGGUGUUCUCACUGCUUCCGUCAAUCUGGCUUUUGUUAUUGGCCAAUUUAUUGCGCAAGGGUGUGCUGCUGGUCUUGAGAGUCGUUUGGAUGAGUGGGCUUACAAAGCUCCAUUCGCAAUCCAAUGGGUGUGGCCUGUGAUCUUGCUCGCCGGCCUGCCAUUCGCUCCCGAGUCACCAUACUGGCUAGUCCGAAAGGGCCGCAAGGAAGAUGCAAAGAAAGCUCUCGAGAAACUCUCUUCCUCCAAGCACCGCCCUGAUCUCGACAGCGUUCUCGUUAUGAUCGAGCAAACCGAUCUCCUUGAACAAGAACUCGAGGCGACGACGACCUACUUUGACUGUUUCAAAGGUGCCAAUCUUGCGAGAACCGAGAUUUCAAUCAUGGUUUAUCUUAUUCAAGUCAUUGGCGGCAAUCCUCUCAUCGGCUACGCAAACUUCUUUUUUGAGCAAGCUGGUCUCAGCUCCUCAGAGGCUUUCAAUAUGGGAGUCGGCAACACCGCUCUAGGUUUCGUCGGCACAUGUCUCUCCUGGCCACUAAUGUCAUACUUCGGCCGUCGAACAAUCUACAACUCAGGCAUGGUCCUCAUGACUGUUCUCCUCUUCAUAAUCGGCUUCCUCGACUUUGGCCGCAGCCACUCCGGCGCAAUCUGGGCGCAAGCCACACUAAUGGACAUCUGGACCUUCACCUACCAAAUGACCGUUGGCCCCAUCUGCUUCGUCAUCAUCUCCGAAAUCUCAUCAACGCGUCUCCGUGCUCGAACCAUCGCUAUCACGACCGCUGUUCAAGCCGGCGCCUCUAUUAUCUUUACUGUCGCCAUGCCGUACAUGUUGAAUAGCGAUCAAGCGAACUGGAGGGGCAAAGCGGGGUUCUUGUUUGGGGCUAUUAGCUUGGUGUGUUUGGUUUGGUGUUGGUUUAGGAUUCCGGAGAGUAGGGGACGUACGUUUGAGGAGUUGGAUAUUUUGUUUGAGAGGAAGGUGCCAGCGAGAAAGUUUAAGGAUUAUAAUCUGUUGGCGGAACAUGAUGAGACUGCGCAUUUGUCGGCGUAG